AAAAAAUAAUUAUAAUAUAUAAAAUAUUACAUUAAAAAUUGAUUAUUAUUUAAAAAAAAAAUGGAAGAUAAAUGUGAAGACAAUAAAAUAUCUAAAUCAAAUCCUUGGCCAUAUAUGAAUAUUGGUUCAUUAACCAUAUCAUUUUUGACUAAAUUGGCAACUGCUGGCAUUAUUUGGAGUUGGGGAUAUUUAAAUUUAAAUAUAGCAUGGUUAAUUGGACCAAUUGCUUUGAUAGCAUGGAAAACAGAACGUAGGAAAGACAACGAAUUAAAAUUAAUUACUGCCCAAGCUAGUGUUAUGGCUAAAGAAAAAGAACUGAUAAUGAGCAGAUUAGAUGAACUACCUUCUUGGGUUUACUUUCCUGAUUUUGAUAGAGCUGAAUGGUUAAAUAAAAUUUUAUAUAAAGUUUGGCCAAACAUUAAUCAGUUUGCUCGUGAACUUUGCAAACAAAGUAUAGAACCUGCUAUAUUAGAAAAAUUGGCAGAAUUUAAGAUAAAAGGAUUUCAAUUUGAAAGAUUGGUUUUGGGUCGUAUUCCUUUAAAAAUUUAUGGUAUUAAAGCAUAUGAUAAAAACACUUCAAGAAAUGAAGUCAUUAUGGAUGCAGAUAUUAUGUAUGCUGGUGACUGUGAUAUUACCUUUUCAGUUGGAAAUAUAAAAGGUGGUAUUAGGGACUUUCAGAUUCGUGGAAUGAUGAGAAUAGUUAUGAAACCAUUAUUACCUGUAAUGCCUAUAGUUGGAGGUGUUCAAGCAUUCUUUUUAAAUCCACCAGCUAUUAAUUUUAAUUUGAUUGGAGUUGCAGAUGUUCUUGAUUUGCCUGGAUUUAAUGAAAUUUUAAGAAAAACAAUAGUAGAACAAAUAGCAGCUUUUGUAGUAUUGCCAAACAAAAUUGUUAUACCAUUAAGUGAAGCAGUACCAAUUGAAUCAUUAAAAAUACCAGAACCUGAAGGUGUUUUAAGAAUUCAUGUAGUAGAAGCGAAACAUCUUAUGAAAAAAGACAUAGGGAUGUUAGGUAAAGGUAAAUCUGAUCCAUAUGCCAUUAUAAAUAUUGGAGCACAAGAAUUUAGGACAAAAACUAUAGAUAAUACUGUGAAUCCAAAAUGGGAUUUCUGGUGUGAGUUUAUAGUGGAAAAGAGCUUGGGAGCCUAUUACAACACAGUGGUUGCCCACCUUUUUGACAAAGACAACGCUGGUCAAGAUGAUCCACUUGGCAGGGCUACUAUUGAAGUUAGUAGAGUGAAAAAAAAAGGAAAUAUCGAUACAUGGAUUUCAUUGGAACAAGCAAAACAUGGCAUGAUUCAUUUACGAUUGACAUGGUUUCAACUAUCAAAAAAUAUUGUUGAUUUAAAAGCUGCUUUAGUGGAAACUCAAGAACUUAGAGUAACAUCAAUGAGUACUGCUCUUCUUAUACUUUAUAUUGAUUCAGCAAAAAAUUUACCAUGUGUUCGAGGAAAUAAACAGCCUGAUGUUUAUCUUGAAGCAAGUAUUGGUGGAAAUACAAAAAGAACAGCUACCAUGUUACGUUCUUGUGACCCAGUAUGGGAACAAGGUUUCACUUUUUUAGUUAGCAAUCCAGAAACUGGUAUUUUACAUAUAAAGAUUACAGAUGAAAAAACUAAUCUCAUAGUGGGUGAAAUGAAUUAUAAUAUUUCUUUACUUUUAACACAAAAUAAUCUUGAAAUUUCACAACAGCCUUAUGAUUUGCAAAUGGCUGAAGUUGAUAGCAAAUUAAUAUUAUCUAUGUCAUUAAGUAUUUUAAAAUAUGAGGAACCUGAACCUAUUUCUGAAGAAGAUGAUGAUGAUCAUGAUAUCAAUCAAUUAAAGAAAAAAAUCGAACGUCAAGAAUCAAAUAUUAGUAAUACAUUAUCAACUAGUCUUCCUUCUAGUCCAUUGAAAAGACAAUCAUCAAAAGAUUCAAUUAAUAGUCUAACACCAAGUAUUGGAUCUGGUGCUGUAAUUAUACCUGAAGAACUAGGUACAGCAGAAGAAGAAUUAAUUGUCGUUACUUCUGCUCCAUCCUCUGAAAAUGCACAGUUAAUUCAUAGAAAUCCAAACAUGACAUCAUCUGCAGGUGAUGCUAAACUAGGUCGGAUACAAUUAUCUUUACGUUAUAGCGUACAAAGACAGAAAUUUAUAAUUGUCGUACACAAAAUAGCUAAUUUACCUCUGCCACAAAAUGAUCCGCAUAACAUACCAGAUCCAUAUGUAAAACUAUAUCUUCUUCCUGAUCGUCAUAAGGAAACCAAACGUAAAACAGCAGUGAUGAAGGAUAAUUGUAAUCCGAUAUUCGAUGAACAAUUUGAAUAUGUUGUUUCUCAAGCUGAUUUAAAUAGUCGUAUAUUGGAAGUGUCUGUAUGUACACAAAAAGGUUGGUUAUCGACCGGAAGUAACGUAAUGGGUCAAGUUCAUAUAAAUUUGAAUGAAAUUGAUGUUACAAAAUCAUUCACGAGCUGGUACGAUUUACAACCAGAGACUAAGGAUUAGAAGUUUAAGAAAAGCAAGUGGAGAUUUGAGCAAUUGUUUAUAUGUUUUCGAAGACAAUCUGUUGAAUUUCCACAAUGCGACUUUUCAAAACGCUAAUGAUUAUAAUUAAAAGUAGUUACAUCAAAUUCUAUGCAUUAUUCAAAUUUUAAAAAAAUUUGAAUUAAAACAAUUAAACAAUAUGAAUUUUGAGAAACUGUCAAUGAAUAUCUAUUUAUACUUGGACCGUCCAUUGGUAUAAAACUAAUUUUAUGUUUAUUUUGCAUAUUAUUUUAUGUCAUCUAUGCUUAUAGAAUAGUUUCAUCAAAGUAAAUUUCAUUAAAAUAUUUUAUUGCUAAUACAUAUAAUGUUAUAUGCUAUAAUUUCAUGCAUAAUACUAUUACAUGCACUAUGUAACA